AUGGUUGCUCUUUAUCAUCGGUACUCAUCAGCUUCACCAACAUGCCCUUUAUGUCAUAUCCAUGAUGAGUCCGUUGAGCACCUCUUUCUUCUAUGUCCCUGGGUUGCGGCUAUUUGGUUUGGGGGAGCUUUAACUUAUCGGGUUGACAGGAACGCUAAUACUUCGUGGGGCGGUUGGCUUGUUGCUCUCUUUCAAGCGCAUGCUCACUCAAAUGAGGAUUUACAGCGGGUUAUGUCUUACAUUGCAUUUUCCUGUUGGCAUAUUUGGAAAGCUAGGUGUAGGAUCCUCUUCCAACGCAAACCUAUUAACCCGUUCCAGGUGCUUUCCAAUAUUUCCACGAGUGGAGCUGGUUUCCUUACUGCCAUGCCGUGUUCCUCGGUCCACAAUGUGCACAUGCAUUCUCAAAGUGAUGGGCAAGUUAACUGGCUGCCACCACCUUUUCCCUUUUAUAAAAAUAAUGUUAAUGCUAGUUGGGAUGCAGGCAUGGGGGGUGGUUAUGUAGGAGUUGUGAUUCGGGAUUCUUUUGGUAAUUUCCUUGCCGCUACCAGAAAAAGCCUCCGUGAGUCUUGUGUAGCCGUUGUUGAAGCAGUGGCUGUGCAGUAUGGUUAUGAGUUGGGUCAUGAAUUGGGUCAAACUCAUGUUGUUCUUGAAUCUGAUUCUCAACAAUCUAUUUCAUGUCUGCGGGGAUCUCUCUCUAAUGGCAUAUGGGAGGCUUUUCCCAUUUUAGCGAGGUGUUUGAAGUUUGGGGAAGCCUUUCAGGACUGUUGCUGGCCUUGGAUUCCAAGAUCAGGCAAUUUAGCGGUGGACCAUUUGGCAUCGCAUAGUUGUGUGGAGAUGUGUGACGUGUCUUGGGUUGCUAGGCCCCCAUCUUCACUAGUGCAUGUGCUAAAUAAGGAUGGCUUACCAUGUCCGCCUUAA